GAUGAGACUGUCUAUCAAAGCUCCUUCGUCCAAUAGACUCAUUCCUCGCUCUUAAACUGUGGCGGCCAUGUUGUAUCCGCGGGGUAUUGGAGAACCAUCGCACGGAACGGAGUCUGUCUGGCCUCUGUCGGGAGUGUACCGGGGGGUUCUCGGGCUUGAACUCGUCUGGGUUUUACAUCAUUAUAGAUCUACACUCCUCGCUAUGAGCCGUCCGUCCUCUGCGGGUGGUGCGGCCGGAGGACUCGGAGCUGGUAAAGCAGGAGGAAGUAAGCAUGGAGGCUCCGGGGGAACGACCGCCUCUGCUGCCACCGCCGCAACCGCUGCUGCCGCCGCCGCCGUCGCCGUAGGGGUAUCCGGCUCUGUCGCGGGUUCCGGUUCUGUCCCUACGGCCGCUGUAGCCCUUCCAGCCGCUCCCCUACCAGGACAAUCAGCCGAACUAACAGCGCUGUUUGAGUGCCCGGUGUGUUUCGACUAUGUGCUGCCUCCGAUACUGCAGUGCCAGGCUGGGCAUCUGGUGUGUAACCAGUGUCGCCAAAAGCUCAGCUGUUGCCCGACCUGUCGUGGCCCUCUGUCGCCGAGCAUAAGGAAUUUGGCCAUGGAAAAAGUUGCAUCCACUCUGCCGUUUCCGUGUAAGUAUGCUUCGGCUGGAUGUCCUCUGUCUCUACACCACACCUUGAAACCGGAGCAUGAAGAGGUGUGUGAGUGCCGCCCGUACACUUGCCCCUGUCCAGGGGCCUCCUGCAAGUGGCAGGGCUCCCUCGAGGCUGUCAUGCCACAUCUCAUGCAUGCCCACAAAUCCAUUACCACCUUACAGGGGGAGGACAUUGUCUUUCUAGCCACAGACAUCAACCUGCCUGGGGCUGUCGACUGGGUUAUGAUGCAGUCGUGCUUCGGCCACCACUUCAUGUUGGUUUUAGAGAAGCAGGAGAAAUACGAGGGACACCAGCAGUUCUUUGCCAUCGUGCUACUCAUUGGCACGCGAAAGCAAGCAGAGAACUUUGCCUACCGCCUAGAGUUGAACGGAAAUCGCAGACGGCUCACAUGGGAGGCAACUCCACGCUCGAUCCACGAUGGCGUAGCAGCGGCCAUCAUGAAUAGUGACUGUCUUGUAUUUGAUACUUCUAUUGCCCACCUAUUUGCCGACAAUGGUAAUCUGGGUAUUAACGUUACCAUCUCCAUGUGUUGAGGUGGCAGCCUAAGCCCGAGAGAUGGCUUUUCCCAGCAGCGGAAACCCUGGACAACUGCUGCUCCCUUUCAGACAGGAGACUCUGAAGGUAACAAGUGGGAUAUGUAUACAUUAGUGUAUAUUUCUGUUCAAGACUCAUCCACUCAAAAAGCGCACACUAAAGUUUCACUUAGCUUACUAGAUGGAGGACAGGGGUUCUUCUUGAGAUAAAGAGGAGUUUGAGUGUGCAGGUGUUGGCAAUCAAAGGCAUUGGAGCAAAUGAGAUUUUCACUUGCACGGCCCAAAGAUACCAACACCUUACCUUUCACAACCAUCUGACUAUGCCCACUGUAGAGUCUGGGUAUGGAUGGCCCUUUUAGUAUCUGGAAUGACCUCCGUUAAGCCCAAAAUUCACAGAAACUUGUCCAGCUGGCCUAGCUUCACAUAAAUCAAGAUCAUCUGAUCAGUCGGGUCUUGGCUUGAAAGUGGCACAUUUGUCUUAGAAGCUUACAAGACCUACAAGAACAAAAAUGCAUUCACUGCUUUGCUUUGGUUUUUCCCAUGGGAUAUCAAAUGGAACUUUGACAGUUGUACAUGGCAAUGUAAAUGGUAAACUUGUGAAAUGUCUUGAUGAAAUAGAGUGCCCAGUGCUGACAGUGUGCAUGGUGGAAAUAAAAUUCACUUGUAAAAAAAAAAAGACUACCUAGCCACCAUGUUUGUGAGGCACGAAUCUGACCUCUUCACAAUGAUUAUCUCUUGAAUCAUUUUAAUAUACCUGUCCUCACUUUUGCAAAUGAGGAUAUUUGUUAAAACUGAUUAAGUUCUUGAUUAUCACCAAGUAGAUCAGAUGUUGAUCAUCAUCUACAUAAAAUGCUCUUUCAGAUCUUCUCUUGCCCUUGAUC